AGGGCUUAUUCUGUACAAGAACAGGCUUAGGGGCUCUGCAGGUCACUUGACCUGAGAAACAAUGGGAUCUUUGUGAUGAAGGCAAGCUAAUAAUGAACGAUGCAGGAUCAAUGGGAUAGGAUGUGUGAUUCAUAGUCUUGCAAACACCCUCUCCUGUAAACGUGAUAUUUGAAUUUCAGGAUCCAGGUGGACUAAUAUGAGUAUUAGAGAGGGUGUGUGUGUGUGAGAGAGAGACGGAGAGAGAAAGAGAUACCAAAUCGGUUGGUUAAGAUUAAUUAGCCAGGCUGUAAUGACUACACGCCUACACCACUCCCGUAAUGCCAUUCAAUUUCAGCAGCUUUUCACUUGCUGACAGGUGGUUUGAUUUCACGCAACAGGCCUUUGAUCCAAAUCCAUGUUACAUUUUGUCCAUAGUUCUUAUAAAAGAAUCUUGAAAUGAGUACCAGUGAAGAGUCUCCGGGUGUGCAGAAGGUAAUACUGUUUUUGUUUGUUUGCAACACAGAAUUUUACAGUAGAUUAGUUAGGCAGUAAUAUCGUUUCCUCGACCUAUUGGUGAAGCAGUUUUCCCAUUCUAUCAUUGCCGAAGAUAAAAAGCAGAAGUAAGGAUAUUUUAUGCUAUUUAAAAGUCGGGCCUUGAACUAUUGUAUUCUGCGUAAAACUUGAACAUCUUAACUUCGCGAAAAACUCUGCGGAUGGGUCAUGGCACCAACGAAGCUUAGCGUAGCUAGAAAAUAGCACGCACUUACUAAAAUGUCAAGAGAAAAUGGAAAUAUCACGGAGUCGCUCCCUUUGCUCAAAGACAGACAUGAGCAAAUUAAGAUUCCUAGCAAAUCACUGCUAUUUGCUGUUUGGGCAGCUUGCAUCGGAGGGACGUUUCAGUACGGAUACAAUAUAUCUGUUGUAAAUGCUCCCACAAAGGCUGUGCAGUCGUUCAUAAAUGAAACAUGGAUGGAGAGGUACAACGCUGGCAUAUCAGAGCAAAUGCUCACUCUCUUGUGGUCCACCAUUGUGUCUAUUUUUACAAUCGGAGGGUUUGUUGGUUCAUCUGUUGGCGGAACAUUGGCAAUUAAGUGUGGGAGAAAAGGGGCACUGUUGAUCAACAACGUCUUUGCUAUCCUUGCAGCGCUUCUCAUGGGUGUAAGCAGGCCUGUUGGUUUGUAUGAACUGCUCAUUGUUGGGCGCUUCCUAACAGGCGUAAAUGCAGGCAUUAGUUUAUGUGUGCAGCCCCUCUACCUUGGUGAGAUUGCCCCUCGGGCACUGCGUGGCGCUAUGGCCAUGGGCACAUCCAUAUUCAUCACAGGGGGCAUUUUCACUGGACAGGUGGUUGGACUAAAUGAGUUGUUGGGUGGAGACUGGGCCAUCUUGUUAUCCACCACCUGCAUCCCAGCGGUAGUGCAGCUCCUCGUUCUGCCUUGGUUUCCAGAAAGCCCCCGCUACCUACUGAUUGACAAAGGGGACGAGCGUGCGUGUGACGAGGCACUGAAACAGCUUCAUGGUGCAGAUAAAUACCACGGGGAGAAGGCAGACAUAGAGAAGGAGAGACUUGAUGCUGUUGGAGUCAAACCUAAGAAACCCUGGGAACUGUUCUCGGACCGGAGCCUCCGACGGCAGCUUGUCACCAUCAUUCUGAUUAACAUUUUUCAGCAGCUCAAUGGAAUCAAUGCUAUCUAUUUCUAUGCAGAUUAUGUCUUCACUGAGGCAGGAAUCCCAGCAGCUAGGAUACCAUAUGUAACACUGGGUACCGGGGCCUGUGAGUGUAUGACUGCCCUAACCUGCGGCAUGCUGAUUGAAUCACUGGGGAGGAGAGCACUCAUCAUUGGAGGAUACUCCCUCAUGGCUUUCUGGUGCACCUGCUUCACACUGACGCUCACCUUCCAAAAGGCCAGCCCAUGGGUGCCGUAUCUCAGUGUGAUCUGUGUCUUCGCUUUCAUCCUCAGCUUUGGCUUGGGACCAGGUGGUGUCACAAACAUAUUGGCUGCUGAACUGUUCACGCAAGCUGGGCGUCCUGCUGCCUACAUGAUCGGAGGGUCUGUUAAUUGGCUGAGCUUUUUCCUGAUUGGCAUGGCAUUCCCAUUCAUUGUAAGUGGGCUCAAGCAAUACUGCUUCCUGGUGUUCUUGGUCAUCUGUGUUAUGGUGGCCACAUAUAUAUUCCUUGUAGUUCCAGAAACCAAGAACAAAACUUUUCUGGAGAUUCAUGCAGAGUUUCAGUCUAUGGGUAAGAAGAGGCGGAACAAAGUGGAUGGCACAGAUGGGCCAAGUCAAACGCUGUUAUCAACUUCUCUGUGAGAGGUGGCAUUACACAUUACAAAGCCUAUUGCAAGGGGAUUCACAACUUGAAAACAGUGCAGCGAUGUCAGUCUCUUGGCUAGUGCUGGAAAGAUCACAUACUGAUAGGAAGAGUAAUUUCAUUGUCAAAACACAACUCAAAUCAUCAGAACAGAGAUGUCAAAUACAACAAGGGCGUAUUAUUCCUCUGGUCAGGGACGUGCACAGGAAUUUUGAAGGGCAGUUCCUCUGCCCUGGAAAAAAGGGCCAACACGUUAAUUUU